AUGACAAGCUCGUUGCCCGGUCUCCUCGGAAACCUCAUGUUCGAUUAUGCCGCUCUCAUAGGACUGGCCGACUUCUAUGGCUUCCGCCCGCUGCUCACGCUCAACAACUCCUUCAUGCGGGAGGAGGGAGGGGCAAGGAGAGUCGAUGACCUCAGCAGGAGACGGAUCGAGGCGUUUGCCCGCUGGUUCAGGCUGGACAUUGAGGACGAGGUCGCGAAUUCGAUGCCAUGGAGGGACUACAAGAAGCAGAAGGGAUGGGGGAGGUACGACGAGUCACUGUGCAUGAUCUCCAACCAGACGCACGUCCGCGUGGAGACCUCUUUCUCCUUCAAGUACUUCGAGGGGCUGGGGCGAGGGAAGCUCAGGGGUGAGGUGUUCGUGUUUCCCUCUACUGUGCGAGAGAAAGGAGAAGCCUUCCUGCUAGACCUCAGGCGCAAACACCAGCAGAUCGUAGGGAUACACGUGAGGCGAGGCGACAAGACAUGGGAAUUUCACAUGUUCGACUCCUGGUCCCAUGACGCAGGGUACAUCAGUCGAGCUGUGCAGACGCUGAGGAGAGUGCUCCGAGGAGCUGUUGCAUUCCUUGUCGUCACAGACGAUCCCCAUUGGGCACAAGGAGCUUUCAGGGGAUUCGAGAACGUUCACUUCUCUCCUUUCCACACAUCGCCAGCCUGUAAGGUGGAGCUUGUGAAACAAUCAGCCAUGUACUGUGAGAUCACAAUCUCGGGAAGCAGCACAUUCAGCUGGUGGGCAGCGUAUCUAGCGUCCGAUCAAACUUUGACGGUCGCUCCUCGAGCGCCUGUGAACCCUGACGGCCCGUUCGGACCGUGCGAGCAGGGAGGAAAGGAGGAAAACAGGAAUGUCUGCGCCUCUACAAACACGUCCUACAUAUCGAGAGUGAACUACCACGUACAGUGCAAGGAGUACAGCUCGCAUGUCGCUCUCAAGUAG